AAGAAGGAUAUAAUAGCAAUUCAAGAAAAACUCGGUAUUAACGGCAAUGUAAAUCAUGUAAGAAUGCAUCAAAGCAAAACAAAACAUGAGCCCGAAGGCAAAACACUUGUUGAUUCGUAUAAGUUAUUAUUAAAUUUGGUGGGGGGUUUAAUACCAAUACAGAAAAAUCUUGACAUUGAUGGCAAUCCCAUUCUAGCAGUGGAGUGGUCAUUCACCUCCUUAGCUUGA